CAAACACAACGGGGGCCUUUCUUUCCUGCUGUGAUCCAAGUUCACACUUCACAGCGAAUCGCAGGCUGCGACUGCAUGCGGGUUAUGUCAAUCAUAAUUGCGAUAUGCAAACAAAAGACCACAUGCACAUCAUGUCCUUAGUGUGCAUUGAGUAGAACGACUGAACUAAACACUGAAUAUUUUGAAAUUUCACGGCAAGGAUAACGGCAACAAAGAAGGUGAGCUGAAUUCCAUCGUUUUCAAAGAUUGAUAAUGGAAUUGAACGAAUCUUUAUCGAGCAAGGAAAAAGAGGACGGAAGCAAUCUGAUUCCAAGCAAAAAUAGCGAGCUGUCUGAGAAACCAGGCCUUGAGGACGGUGCUGUAGAAGAGGGGGACGAUUUUGAGCGGGAAAAAUGGUCCAAAAAAGUCGAAUUCUUCCUAUCGGCCAUUGGCUAUGCUGUCGGUUUGGGAAACGUCUGGCGCUUUCCUUACCUGGCUUUCAAGCAUGGUGGUGGUGCAUUUCUCAUUCCAUACAUCCUAAUGUUGAUCAUCUGUGGUAUGCCUCUGUUUUUCAUGGAGCUUGCCUUAGGACAGCAUGUCAGUUUAGGGCCAGUGAGCUCUUGGGCAGCGAUCUGCCCUAUCGCAAAAGGCAUCGGCUAUUCCAUGAUGGUCGUUUCGUUCUUGUGCACCAUUUAUUACAACGUCAUUAUUGCCUGGUGUCUCUACUACCUUGCCAUGUCGUUCCGCUCUGAGGUCCCCUGGCGAUAUUGUGGUAAUUGGUGGAACACUGACAAUUGCGCUGAAAAAGGAGGACUGAAAUAUGGUCUCCACAUAGAACCAUCCGCAGACGUACCGAACGUAAACGUGUCAUCGUACAAUUCAUCAGACUGUGUAAACAAUACCAUCGAUUACUUUAUCAACGGAACGAGCGUACUUUUGAACUGCAGUCGACCGAAGAAGGAGCUCGCAUCGCCGAGUAGCGAAUUCUGGAAUAACCAUGUUCUACGUUUGACGGAUGGUAUUGACGAGGUCGGAGAGCUCCGGUGGCAGCUCGUGAUUGCUCUAAUCCUCGCGUGGAUUUUGGUGUACUUCUGCCUAUGGAAAGGCAUCAAAUCUUCAGGAAAAGUCGUGUAUUUCACAGCGACUUUCCCCUACAUGAUCUUGGUGGUGUUAUUUUUCCGCGGUAUCACGCUCUCUGGAGCUUCCAAAGGUGUCUUGUAUUACAUCAAACCUGAUUUUAGCAAGCUGGGCGAUGCUGACGUAUGGGUGGCCGCGGCUACGCAAAUCUUUUAUUCGUUGGGCAUUGGAUUUGGUUCUUUGGUCACGUAUGGGAGUUUCAACAAAUACAACAAUGAUUGCGUAAGGGACGCUGUUAUUGUAACAAUCAUCAACUGUAGCACGAGUAUUUUCGCAGGAUUCGUGAUUUUUAGCGUUCUUGGACACAUGGCAGAUAUUCUACAAAAAGAUGUUUCCGAAGUCGCGCAGUCGGGACCUGGGCUCGCCUUCGUAGUCUACCCAGAAGCCAUUGCGCAGAUGCCAGUCUCACCCCUCUGGGCCAUCUUAUUCUUUUUCAUGUUACUCACGCUUGGUCUGGACACGCAGUUCGCCAUGUUGGAGGCAGUCGUCACGGGACUGGUCGACGAAUAUGGCAAAAAAUUACGCAAAAGAAAAGAGUUGGUUAUUUUGGCACUUUGCGUUGUUGCUUUCUUCUUCGGUCUGACUAAUAUUACCGAGGGUGGAGCGUACGUCUUGAACCUAUUCAACAUUCAAUCAGGAGGGAUCUCUCUGUUGUUUCUGGCAUUCUUUGAAGUGAUUACAAUAUCGUGGGGUUAUGGAACUGACCGGUUUGUCGCCGAUAUUGAACGUAUGGUUGGUAGGAGGAUCUUGCCUUGGUGGGCGUUUGCUUGGAAAUAUUUCUCCCCUGCAGUCAUAUUGGGAGUGUUCAUAUUCAGUUUGUAUUCAUGGAAGGGAGUUACCUAUGGGACAUACCAAUACCCGCCAGAGGCAGAAUUCUUUGGUUGGCUGCUAGCCCUGGCUUCAAUGCUCUGGAUACCAGGGAUGGCGAUAUACAUGGUGCGCGAGGCACCAGGCUCCUCAUUUUCGGAGAGGCUGCGCAUGGCGUUCACCCCGAAUCAAGAAAUCGCAAAACAAAUUGAAAUGCGAGAAGGCUACCCCGCGAAUGGUGGGGAAAUGGUCAUUGUAUAAAGUUAGGUCUUGGUGGUAGAUAGAAUAAUCAUGUUUAAAAAUGAAAUAUGAAUAUGUUCUAAUAUCAUAGUCAUGUAAUUGUAGCGUUUUAAAUAUUUUAAGGUUCAAUUUUUGAGACGCAUGACCUAAGUAUAUUCAUCGGAUGUUCAACACUGGACUGUUCAGUUGAGUUAAAUCAAUUAAAUUUUACUUUGCCGAUUCUUAUAUAUGUAUAUUACCUAAGCAAAUGACGUAUUUUCCACCAAGACCAUUUUCGAACGCUGCCUCAAAUGGCUAUUUGACUCGGAAUAAAAUUCGAUGAAGUAAUAUGAUAGAUAUUAAGAACGGUUUUUAAGGUCAUAAAACCCUUUUGAAUCAACUGGAAUAUAGCUAAUAGUAAUAUUUGGUAAUUUUAUUUCGACCAUUCAAUCUGUUCUUUACUUGAAUAUAUUUAUAGAAGGCUUGUAUAUGGUCAAUAUAUCAUCAUCUAGAACAAUUAAUGUAAAUUUUAAAACGACUAAAAUGAUUCUGAAUUCAACUAUCUUUAAAUUGUAUUAAAAUAUAUUAAAACAAAGCUUCUCGAUUUGUUCUGAAGACAUUGCAACGCAAGUCUUCGAAUAUCGCUUCAUGCCCAGCAGAAGCCAGUAGUUCAAGUGAGUGUUCAGAUGUAAUCUACGAGAGUACGAGGUGCAUGCUUGUUGCCUCGGGAUUAUACGUGUUAUACACAUUGAAAUACAAUCUUAAUUCUUGUACUUAACCUAUUUUAAAAUGCAUUGCUAACUCUUGUAGUUUACUUUGAUUUCACUUCAUUAGAAAUACAAAACAAUCGCCGCAUAUAACUUAUGGAAAGAUAGUGU